AUACCCUGAAGAGAAAAAGAACAACAUUUAAGAAUGCCCAGGUGGUGAAAGACCACAUGCAGGGUAUUCUCAUCCAAAAGAUCCACAAGAGAGAUUUAGAUCGUGAGAUGGAAGAGGAAAGACAGCGGCAAAUAAAAAUAAUGGAAAAUUUAAGCGGGGGUUAUGAUCUAGAGCAGUCCCCAAGCACAGAGAACCUACUGAAGUACAUAUCUGUCACCAACCAGAGGAAGCAUAUUAUGCAAGAAGACCUGUUAGAUGCCAUGGAAUUGAUGGAGGAGGAUGAGGAGGACCUGGAUGGAGAGUUGAUACACUAUGCUGAGGAGAUGAAGGACAGGGCUUUGCGAGAAAUGAAGAACGGGUUAUACAGGAUUCAGUUUGAUGUUCUGACAAGAGUAGAACAGUUUCGCCGGGCUAAUGAAUUUAAAGUUCUGGCCAAGGAAUCCCUUACACAGAAAUGCAUGAAGGCUUGGGAUGAACUGCAGUCAGAAAUGAACAGACAUUUUGCAUUGGUAUUGCAACAAGUCACAGAGGCUGAAUACAUUUCUGUGGAUUUAUCUGAGGUCAGAAAGAGACUGUUUCUGGAACAACUUAGCAGAAGAGCUGCCAUCAAGUUUGUUGACAAAGAAUGUGCUGAGGAGCGUAAGCGAAGGAUUCAAGAACUUGAGGAUGAAGCAGAACAUCCAGACCCGGCCAAGGAAAUACUCAAAGAGACCAUGGCCAAUGUACAAAUACAGCUGGUUGUGGACAAGUUUCAUGGAUACAAGGUGACACCCAUAUACCAAGAAAUGGUGUUUGAAACUUCAAAUGAAGAUCGCAAGAAGAGAAAAUUGAGAUUAAGUGCACGGAGGAGGUCUAAUGUAACUUUGGGUGAAGGCUUCUGAAAAUAAUUUGCAGCAAAUGUAGAACCAGACUAUGGGAAUCAAGAUUCUUCAAUUGAUAAACAAAAAUACAUAUCAAAAUCUCUAUUACUUUAACUAUCAUCAGUUUAUUGACCUACAUGUACAUCAUUUCUCUCAACAAAAAACGAUUUAGUGCAAUAUGUCAAAUAUUUCAUAAAGACUGCAUAAUGACUGGCAUUUAUACAGUGUAGUAAGCAAUACAGAAGCUAAGAAAAAGACUUCUUACAAUAGUGCCAAAACAGUUUACCUCAAUGCAAUUUGAAAUAUAUCACUCUUGCCAAAUAUGUUACAUGUAUGGUGAUUAGUGUAAUAUACCAAUAUGU